AUGUCCGAUUGUAAGCGCAGUUAUCGUUAUCGCGCCUUCGAUUAUUUUGUACGCGCCAUUGGCUUCGCCAGUCUGUUCAUCGUUAUGAGCGCCAUCUACAGGCAGGACUAUGAUCCCGGCUCCAACUAUAUACAUCCCAAACACGGCAUGCAAAAAAACAAAGCUAAAGAUGUUAAUAAUGUAAGUAUUUUAACGAAAACUGUGGUUAAGCUAAGCGUCGCAUUGAAUUGGAGACGCGAGAUUUCCACUGACUUGGUUAUUCAGUCCAAGGAGCGCAGCAACGUUUGUGCUGCCUUGCGCAAAAUUCGAUUGCUCAUCGAAUCGCUGCGCAAACGAAUGCGGCCAACACAUUUCCUGGCCGUUGCGCUAAACUCGGGCGGUGUGCAACAGCGAUUCCUAAAGCUAAAGCAAAACAAUUUGCAUGCACAACUGCCGGGCAUCGACCAGGAGCUUUUUAUUUCAGAGAACUGCAUUCAUAUUACACUGGGCGUGUAUGUGCUCUUGGAUGACGCUGAACGCAAACAGGCCAUUAGCGAGCUGGAACUCUGUCGCCAAUGGCUGGUCGACUUGCACACACCAUUCGAGCUAAACAUUCAAGGCCUGGAAAUCUUCAACGAUGAUCCCAGCUCGACCAGAGUGCUUUACGCCCGUAUCGAGUCGCCGGAGCUUCAGCAGUUCGCGAACAAAUGCAAGAAGCAUUUCCAAACCACCGGCCUGUAUGCAGCGGACAAUAACGAUCCCGAUAGCAUCAAACUUCACAUGACGCUGCUAAACAGUCGAUAUACCAAUAAGAAACCCAAUAAGAAUGAAAGCAACAGCUUCGAUGCACGUGAGAUUCUUAAACGCUUUGGCGACUAUGACUUUGGCAAGGCUCAGUGCAACGAGGUGCACAUGUGUGUGUGCAAAUCGUACUGUGAAGGUGAUGACUUCUAUAAGACAACGGGUAGUCUGAAAUUUUAAUCAACUGUCCAACUA